AUGACCGACUCAGCUGGCACACGGCCAACUAUUAAGAAGAGCAGAAAGCAUGACAAGGAGAAGCACCUGGCGCAGUGGGCCGUACAGCCCUUUGGGAAAGAAGACAACAAGGGAGGCACCUUCACGGAGGAGUCCUCUUUCGCCACGCUGUUUCCUAAAUACCGGGAGAAAUACCUGCGAGAGGUUUGGAGUGCGGUAACUCAAGCGCUGGAUGCACAUGAUAUCGCUUGCACGCUGGACCUUAUUCAUGGAUCCAUGUCAGUGCGCACGACCAGGAAGACAUAUGAUCCCUAUGUUAUUUUGAAAGCCCGCGACAUGAUCAAACUUUUGGCUCGUGGCGUUGCCGUUGGCCAAGCGGCGAAGAUUCUGGACGAUGAUGUGGCUUGCGACAUUAUCAAGAUCGGCAAUAUCGUACGGAAUAAGGAGCGAUUCGUGAAGCGGCGACAAAGAAUUAUAGGGCCGGAUGGUAGCACUCUGAAGGCUAUCGAGCUGUUGACUCAAUGCUACGUCCUAGUGCAAGGUACCACCGUCAGUGCUAUGGGUCCAUACAAGGGCCUCAAGGAAGUACGAAACAUUGUGUUAGACUGCAUGAAAAAUAUUCACCCAAUAUACCGGAUCAAGGAGUUCAUGAUCAAACGUGAACUCGCUAAGGACCCUCAACUUGCAAGCGAGUCCUGGGAUCGCUUCUUGCCUAAAUUCCGCAAACGUCAUCUCAGGACGUCCGAGAAGACUGCGAAGAAGAAUGAGCAGUUGCAAGAGAAGAAUGAGGCUCGGAAAGCUGCUGGAUUGGAACCCAUUGGCCCUGGAAGCAAGGAGAAGCCAGCGAAGAAGGUGUAUACUCCCUUCCCACCCCCACAGAUGCCACGCAAGAUGGAUUUGCAAUUGGAGUCGGGAGAGUACUUCCUCCAAGCUCACGAGAAACAAGAGCAAGAAGAGCGCAAACGGAAAGAAAAGCAAGAGCAGGCCACCGAAGAACGACGCGCCAAGCGUGCAGAGGCUUUCGUUGCACCUGUGGAGACUGCAGCCCCAACUGUCGAGGAGAAGAGGAAACGACGAAGAGAAAGAGAGUCUGCGAACGCGAUGGACGAGGGCAAAAAGCGUAAAAAGCCGAAGAAGAUAUCCGAGGAAAUAUCUGGUGACGAUACAUAA